AUGGAUAACCUGUGGACUCGACGUUCGAAUUCCAGCAAACUUUCGCUAUCCACAGGAAAUCCAACUACGAAUGGAUCAACUUUCAAUGGUGGCGACCACCCGACAAGAGGAUUCGCUUUGGGUAGAAGAAAUGGAGAUACCUCCUCGCAUAGCACAAAGAAUCCUUUCAAUUCCAUGUCCCCUUCGGCCUCGUCUUUAUCCUCCCCAACAACUGGCGCAUCGAGCGCCUUUGGCUUAGGAUCAGGCGCUUUCGCAUCAUUUGGAAGUGCAAAGGGUCCGAAGACACCUGGGGGUGGAGGCGUAUUGGAUUUUGGAAGUGUGGUGGGAGGAUCUACCAAAACACCAACCGCAGAGAAAAAUUAUAGAGACUUGGGAUCAAAGGCCUCUAAAAUUUCUCUCACAGAUUCUAAGACGGUCACAACACCACUUUCUCAUCAAUUUAGACAUGGUUGGGUAUUCUGGUACAGACCCCCAAUCUCCAAAUCAAAUGGAUUCGUGGAAUAUGAAAAGACAUUACAUCCAAUGGCAGUAUUCAAUUCGGCGGAGGAAUUGUUCGAUGUUUUCGAUCAUAUGAGGCACCCGUCAGAUCUGCCACUGGUUUCCGAUUACCACAUGUUUAAAAAGGGAAUUCGCCCUGUUUGGGAGGAUGAUGAAAAUAAAAAAGGAGGCAAAUGGAUCGUGAGACUUAAGAAGGGUGUGGCCGAUCGUUAUUGGGAGGACUUAGUCUUUGCAAUGGCAGGAGAUGAAUUCGAUCCUAGUGAGGAGGUUUGCGGUGUUGUACUUAGCGUACGCAAUGGUGAAGAUAUUUUGAGUAUCUGGACUCGUUCAGGUGGCGGAAGGGUACUUAAGAUUAGGGAGACAUUGAAGCGUGUUCUUUCAUUCCCACCCGAAACCAAGGUAGAAUGGAAAUCUCAUGAUUCUAGCAUACAACAACGAACUGCUAUUGAUGAAGCUCGAAAGGAAAAAGCUGCCAAUCAUCACAAUAAUCGUAAUGGCAACGAACACACAGAGAAGAAACAAACAUCAUAA